AUGUUUCAAGAGUCACUGCCAGGUGUUGGAUGUGGUAUUGAAGUGCCAUUGGUCGCAUCGGACUUGCAUGUAACGGAUACCACAAUGGAAUCAUGUGCCAGUUUACCUCAGGACCUGAACACUAAGACUAAUCCAUUGGGAAUGGGAGAGGCCAAGGAGAGGAAUCUGUGGACAGUGCAGGGGACAGUUGACAAUAAGACUGAAUCAUCUCCUUGUUACUUGCUCACUGUAAGAGUCAUAAGGGCGAGGAAUCUCCAUCGGACAGAUGCCUUAAGCCAAUCUGAUUGCUAUGUGACCCUCUGGCUGCCUACAGCUUCAGCCGAAAAGUUCUGGACUAAAACCAUCAACAACUGCAAAGACCCAGUCUGGAAUGAAACCUUCUACUACAGGAUCCAGAGUCAGAUCAAAAAUGUGCUGGAGCUGGGUGUCUAUGAUGAGGAUGAUGUUACCCAGGAUGAUCACCUCUUCACUGUGCGCUUUGAUGUGGCUAAACUUCCACUUGGAGAAAGAGUUCUCAUGUACUUCAAGUCUGACCCACAGAGAAAGGAGGAGUUGGAGGUGGAAUUCAGACUGGAGAAUAUUUCGGAUCCCUCUGAAACCAUCGUGACUAAUGGAGUUCUAGUGUCUCGCAAAGUCUGCUGUUUGGAAGUUCAGGUGGAUGAGAAGAAGAGGGAAAAGAAGAGGAAGCCUUCAUCACGGAAAGACAUCUCCCUCACUGUGAAAGGAUCCCAUGAAGAGACCCAAGACCUUACAUUGGCCUCUGAUCCCAUCAUUAGAUCCUCAUGUCCCACUAAGUUUCAUUAUGUCAAGUAUAAGCAGCCAGCAUUGGAUGUUAUUCUACCAAAGCAGAAACCACGUUACUCCUUUCGUAGCUGUUCCUAUAACACAAAGGCAGACUCACCAAAUGUGGCUCUCAAUUCACUUCCCACAGGAGAGAAAGUAACAAUAGCAGAGGAUAAAAAAUUUGAUUUGUAUGUGAAGGCUACAGACUGUCUGUGUUCCAGCUCAGAAGACCUAGACGUGCGCUUGGGGUUUGACUUGUGCACAGAGGAACAGGAUUUCCUCUGUAAAAGGAGGAACUAUGUUGCUGCUGCUCUGAAAAAGGUUCUCCAGCUAGAGGAGGACCUGCAGGACGAUGAGGUUCCUGUGGUGGCAAUCAUGACAACAGGUGGUGGAAUGAGAUCACUGACAACGACAUAUGGCAGUCUACUGGGUCUCAAGAAGUUAAAUGUCAUAGACUGUGCUAUGUACCUGACUGGCUUGUCCGGCACGACAUGGACUAUGGCAAAUUUGUACAGAGAUGCUGAUUGGUCACAGCAGGAUCUGUCUGGGAAAAUCAAUGAAGCUCGAAAACAUGUGACCAAAUGCAAGAUGGGUUCUUUUUCCAUGGAGCGUAUGAAGUAUUAUAACAAGCAGCUGUGUCAGCGGAAACAAGAAGGACACAGGACAUCUUCUAUAGAUCUGUGGGGGCUCAUUGUUGAAUAUUUGUUACAUGAUGGGAAAGACAACCAUAAACUCUCGGAUCAGCGACAGGCAGUGGAUCAGGGUCAGAACCCACUGCCCAUCUACGUGGCAAUCAAUGUCAAGGACAACUAUAGUACUCUGGAUUUCAAAGAAUGGCUGGAAUUCACCCCCUAUGAAGUUGGAUUCAUGAAAUAUGGAGCCUUCAUUCGCUCUGAGGACUUUGGAAGCGAGUUUUUCAUGGGUCGGCUGAUGAAGAGGCUCCCAGAAUCCCGGAUCUGCUACUUGGAAGGCAUGUGGAGUAGUUUAUUUUCCCUGAAUCUGUUAUAUAUCUGGAAUUUGUCCCACACUUCAGAGGACUUUUGGCACAGGUGGACCCGAGACAGAGUAAAUGAUAUUGAAGAAGAGCCCGUCCUACCUAUGAGGCCACACGAACAGAAGACUCAAGUAUUCACCACGGCAAGCCCCCUUUCCCGUGUUCUUCGUGGUGCCAUUACAGAGCGCACGUCAGUUGCCCAGUACCACAGUUUCCUGAAAGGCCUCCAGCUGCAUAAUGACUACCUAGAGAAUGACAAGUUUUGUAGAUGGAAAGAUACUGUGCUGGACACAUCACCCAACCAGCUGACUGAAACAGCAGAAUACCUGUCCCUGAUAGAUACUGGAUUCUUCAUCAAUACCAGCUGCCCUCCACUUUUGAGGCCAGAGAGGAAAGUGGAUGUUAUCCUGCAUUUAAAUUACAGUGCAGGAUCACAGAUACUGCCUUUGGACCAGUCCUGUAAGUACUACUCAGAACAAGGAAUCCCAUUCCCCAAAGUUGCGCUGAGUGAAGAAGAGAGGAAAAACCUAAAGGAGUGCUACCUCUUCGACGAUGCCGAGACUCCAGGAGCUCCUAUAUUGCUAUUUUUCCCAUUAGUGAAUGACACCUACCAAAGUUACAAAGCACCUGGUGUGAAGCGCUCCAGCUUAGAGAUGGAGGAGGGCAAAGUUGAUCUCACCAGUCGCUUUUCCCCCUAUUCUACAUAUUCAGUCACAUACAAGGAGCAAGAUUAUGAUCAGCUGGUUAAACUGACUGAGUACAACAUCCUGAAUAACAAACACCUGAUUCUUCAAGCCUUGCGUACAGCAGUGGAACGGAAAAGGCGACAUAAAAAAUAG